AUGACCGCACCCGUGCUAUCUGGCCUUUCCGCUCCCGCGCCCUCCCGCGCACACCAGUCGACGGGGAUCACAGAUCAUACUGUAUCCGCCCGUGGGCCUCUGCGCGUCCAGGCCGCGCGCGUCGACGCUGUCUGCGCCCUCCGUUCUCCGUCCACUGGCGUCACUAUUCAGAGCCAUCUCGUGCUCGUCUCUGCAGCCAGAUGGCAGCCCCGCCUUACCUCUGCUCCCCUCGCCGUGCACGCAGGCCGCCGCAGUCCCGUCCAGCGCACGCACGGCACCCCGCGUCCCCGCGUCCCCGCGCCCACUCGGAGUCGCGAAUUCGUCAGGGGCGACACUCCGCGCUUCUCGGGGACGCAGGAGGCGCACGCGAAUGCGACACGCGACACACCGCAUCCUCCGCCGCGACCACCACACGCGCGCCGUUCGCAGUUUCUAUCUCAUCGGUAUCUGUCCAGCGCACGACAGGGCCUGCCCGAGGCGCAUCGGCAUCCACCCCCAGCGCACCACACACCGCACAUAGUUCCAGCACCGACCGUAAAGAUGGUCACACCCUCCGGCCGCACAUCACAGCCGUCCUCAGCCCGCCCGCCCUCCUCCAUAUCCACAUCCACAUCCACAUCCUCAGCGCCCCCGCCCCCACCCCCAUCCGCUGCGAAACCCACAUCCCCAUCCACACCCGCACCCCACGCACGCCCUGCCCCCCGCGCCCCCGCGCCCAUCCAGACGCUCCCCGCCGAGCUCCUCGAGCACGUCCUCCUCCUCGCCGCCCCCGCGUCCCCCGCGGCCCCCGCGGCCCUCGCGCGCACCUGCCGCGCCUUCGCCGCGCUCGUCUACGCCGCCCCCGACCAGCACCUCUGGCGCGGGCUCUUCCUCCGCGCGUGGGACGACCCGCGCGCGCUGUCUGGCGAGGGCAGCGCUAGGAGCCGCGAGGGCGCAGGCGCAGGCGCAGGCAUCGACUGGGGGCGCGAGUACCGGCGGCGCGUCGCGGCGCAGCGCUGGUUCGCGUCCGCGCGGGCGGACAGGGCGGGGGCGGGGACGAUGGGCGCGCGCGACGUCGCGCGGGCGGCGGACGCGCUCGAGGCGCUCGUCGCGGCGCUGCUCGCGGCGCCGCCGUGCGCCGCGCGGGACCAGAACCACGACCACCAUCACGACCAGGACCAGGACCAGGACCGCGGCGGAGAGAGGGAGAGGGGGGACGGGGCGGGAUGGGGGCGCUCGCGUUCCAGCCGGGGGUGUUCAUAG